AGGAGUAAGAAGCCAAACUGAUCAACAACGCUCUUAAAGUCAUGCGCCUGUUGAUCUGUCUGAUACCUGCGUUGAUUUUAUGCAAAGGCGUCAAAGCGGCUGAGGAGUUCACUCCGGCUGUGGGACACUCUCUGCAUAUCGAUGAAGGGAACUUUUCAGACCGGGAUCACAUGAGACAAGAGCCCUUUCAGUACCCUCAACAAGUGCCGGAUGCUUUGCCAGGUUCUGCCUUUAACCUGAAGGUCCAGGUCAGCGACAUGCUGAGUCGUCAGUUCCUGAGCCAGGCAGUGGUAGAGGUUUAUGUCAACUACAGCAGGGCCAACACCACUCUCACUGGGGACGAUGGCAGCGUUUUGCUUCAUGUACCUUACCAAAGUGGGCUGCCUAUCACAGUUGUGGCCAGCAAGGAUGGCUACAUUAGCACACUGCUGCCUUGUAGAACUAGCAGGAUGCCAAUAUUUUCAUCAGUGUCCAUGUCACUACUUGGUCUAAAUCAAGGGAACAUCUGGCUCUUUGAAGACUCUGUCCUGAUCACUGGCAAAACAUCUGAUGCUUCGUCACAGCCUGUUGUCCAGUUUUCUAAGAGGCUGCUGAAUCUGACAGCCAGCAGUAAUGUCACCUCUGUCAAAGCCUACCUGACCCUUCCCAGGCUGUUAUCAGAGGAUGACAGCUUUCUUAACACUUUGGGCAUCAUGAGCAGUAAACCAGGAUAUGUCAGUGUGGAGUUGAGCCCGGUGGCGGCUGUCAGUGUGCAGCUUUUCUCAGGAGACACAGAGUUACAUGUGGGUGGGCCCAUAGAGAUCAGCCUCAGCAUUCCUGACAGCUGUGGACUCCAGAUUUCAAAUGCUGUCCCAGCCUGGUUCUUUAACCGGACCACCGGUGGAUGGAUGAGAAAAGGACUAGGAAAGGUGGUGUCAGUAGAUGGAAAACUCAUGUGGACAUUCACAGCUCCUCACCUAGGCUACUGGAUUGCAGCACCUUUGUCAUCAUCCAGAGGUUUCUUUGGACUUGCCGUUCCUGUUGACUUCCUCUUACACCAUUCAUCUUUCCUGAUGGUUCUCCUCGGAGGAUUGCUCAUUAUUGUCAUCUGCCUUCUAGUUGUAUUACUGUAUUAUCGCAGAGGAUCUGUCAGUGAAACUGCGGAAAAGCUGCUACUACCAGGGAUGAGAAAAGACCAAGGCACCUCCAUGUGUGAUGAUGAAGUCUUUGAGAUAUAUUCAAGGGACGCCUCUCAUCCACACGAUGGGCUGAACCAAUCAUUCACAGAGAAGAGGGACAAUGGACCCAAUUCCUCUGUUACUUUAAUGCACAGUGGCAACAUAAUAGCAAAUCCCAAUGCUGUGGCCAUUAAGCUGGAGUGCACAGAACUGGACCUUAACACUGAACCUAAUCAUGAGGAGAUGAGAAUUCCAGCAUCUCUGACAGAGAAUUUGUUUUUCUACAACCAGCCUGUUGCCAUCCUCCAGGCUCCAGCAUUCUUCCAUUUGGAGGAGGAGGCAGAACAGCCCCAGAGGAGCAAGUCAGCCACUCUGCCUCGUACAGGGGCUUCGAACAGUGUUGCCACUGAGCCGCUGAGCAAAGACAGCUUCACCCAGACGCUGCCAAAAGGUCCAUCUUUGGCCCAGAACCAGCCGGUAGAAACCGAGGACCAGCUUGGAGUUCUAGUGGACUCUCAAGCAAAAACCUCCACCAACUCAUCCAGGGGUCACUUCAGCUUCCCAGAGUCGGUGUCAGUCCCGGGAACACUAAAUAAAAUCAGGGACAGCAGGCACUCGGUGCACGCCUUGGCAGAAUUUUCUAAAAUCCCCUCACCCCAGCCCCCACGGGCCUGGUUUGUAUCGCUGGAGGGGAAACCCGCAGCUGAGAUCCACUACGCUGUGUCAGAGCAGCAGAGGAGACGAAGGCCGGUGGAGAGUCGAGAAACCAGUUUAGACUCAGGGGUGGAUAUGAGUGAGCUGAAUCAGUCGUCUGGACGGAGGGCCGUAACACUGGAGCGCAAUGCUACUUUUGUCAAAAGCACAUCCAGCAGUAAACACACACCACCACAGUAAAAACUCAUACUGCCUCCAUGCCCACAGACAUCCAAGUUCAUGAUUCAACAUCGUCGGCUCUAUGAC